AUGGCUGAACACAAGACAUCCAGACGAGCUCUGAGAUCCAAACGGACUGCACCACUUACACCUGUGGAGGCUGCGUUGCCAAGAUCAGAGGCUUCACCUGAGUCCUCUGAGCCUUCCGUGCACAUGCUGGGCCAGCCUGGCCAGAGUGAGGAAUCUACCCAAGCCAAUCUUCAUGCCGGUGACCAAGCUGGUGGCCAUGCUGGCAACCAAGUCAGUGGCCAAGCCAGUACCCAUGCCGGUGCCCAUUCCAGUGCCCACACCGGGAGCCAGGCUGGAACCAGGGACAAGACCAACCUCAACCGCCAGUCCAGCAAGCACACCAGAAGUCAAGCUACCAGCCGUACUCACAGCCACACCGGUAGUGGCUCAAGUUCUCAUAAAGGCUCUGUUAACAGCUCCGCCCUCUCCAAGAUAAGGGUUGCUGAACGGGAAAAGGAGCUUGCUUUGGCACGCCAGCACCUGCAGUGGGAGCAGAGCGUCUGCAGGAAGACAGAAGAACUGGAAGAACAGUUACUUUCUGCACAGCGCGCAAGAGGAGAAUUGGCCCUGAGGGAAAGGGAGCUUGAGAUUCGACGAAGGAGAGAGUUGGAGGAGGAGGAACUCCAAUUGGCGAGGGAACGACUCCAGGCUGAGCAAGAGGAGCAGCGUAUCUUGAAAGUCAAGGAAAGACUGGCAAGACAAUUCGAACUUGAGAAACGCUGCAAGGAUGCCGAACUGAAUCUAGCCCAAGCUAGAAAAGUCCACUUCUUGCCUUCCAAUUGGCACUUCACCCGACAUCGUGCAUUCUGA